AUGGCCCAGCUCGCAACAUGCCCGCCGUUGACAAGAGAAGCUCUCGUCAAUGCUCACAAGCUCAUCGAGCUUAAUGUUACACGAACUCCAGUAGUGACGAGCAAGACCUUGAACCGCAUGGCGUCUACGCCGAGGCAGUCUGGUGGCGGGGUCCCCGCAAAGCCAGUCAUCAGGCUUCACUUCAAGUGUGAGAACAUGCAGCGAAUGGGUGCCUUCAAGGCCCGUGGCGCAUUCCACGCCAUCAAGCGACUAUUGCAGGAGCCUGGAUGGGUCGAAAGCGGCGGUAAGGAAAAAGGAGUCGUAGGGUUUAGCUCAGGCAAUCAUGCCCAAGCCUUAGCCCUCGCGGCCACUGAGAACGGAAUCAAAUCCUACAUCGUUAUGCCCAGCUCCACUCGACCCAAUAAAGUUGCAGCCACAAGGGGCUACGGUGCCGAAGUCGUCUUCUGCUCCACCUUCAACGAGCGAGAGGCCGUCGCUAAUAAGGUCAUCGAGGAUACCGGGGCCCGGCUCGUGCCGCCUCAUAAUCACCCCGACAUCAUCCUCGGCCAGGGUACUGCCUGUCUCGAGUUCCAGGAACAGGUACCAAAGCUAGAUGCUGUUAUUUCGCCCUGCAGCGGCGGUGGCCUUUUAUCAGGUACCGCUCUCAGCUGUGAGGGCACUAAUAUUCGUGUGUACGGUGCCGAGCCAGAGUUCGAGGGUGCUGAUGAUGGCCGUCGAGGGUAUUACUCAGGCACAAGAAUUGCUGAAGUUAAUACAUCGACCAUCGCGGACGGGCUUGUUGGCGCUAUUAGUUCCACGCCCUGGAGUAUUAUUUACGAGCGGAGGCUUGUAAGUGGCAUGUAUGCUGUCUCUGAGGAUGAAAUCCGUGAAGCCACAAGACUUAUGCUGGAGAGGCUUAAGAUCUGGGUCGAGCCAAGUGCUGCUGUGCCGCUGGCCGUUGUUUUAUUUAAUGAAGAGUUUAGAUCACUGGUAGAGAACGAGGCUGGUGAGAAUGGGUGGGAUAUUGGUAUUAUUGUUAGUGGAGGAAAUAUUAAUAUAGAAGGUCUAGCUAAGCUUUUUUCUUAA